CGAGGAGUCUUGUGAUGACGUCGCUUUUCACUUAAGGCAUGAGCUCAAUGCCUUGACGUGCUGUGACAGUUUUAGGCAUGGGGGGUGGGAGAAACAAGAACACACAUCAGAAUAUAAACUUUCUGAAGGAUCAGCAUUUGACAUCUUUAUUGUGAUCAAAACAGAAGGCUAUGAGGUAUAUUUAAAUGGAAAGAGAUGUUACCUGUUCAAGCACCGCAUGUCACUGGAAAAAGUCAAUGCACUUAAAAUUGAUAAAGAUGUCAUAAUUAACACUGUUGGUGUUGUCAAGAACUGGAGCACGUCUACUUUUAAUAAAGAACUAAACUCAGGCAUCUCACGCACAAAACAUUCAGACAUCCAGUAUGAUAUACCACAUCCAGUCAGCAGCCCGAGCAAAGCAUAUUCUGGACCAAUCCCUGGAGGCCUGAGAGCUGGUGUUGCUUUGUUCUUCCAAGGUGUUGUUGCUUCAGAUUGUGAUCGCUUCAAGAUAAAUUUGCACACUGGGGCAAAUAAUCAAGACAUUGCAUUCCACUUCAACCCCCGCAUGGACUCUGUGGUCCUUAACAGCUACACGAUGGGAAAAUGGGACAAUCAACUUGAUAGACCAGGAGGCCCAUUUGUCAGAGGAGGAGCCUUUGAUAUCAUCAUGGUUGUUAACCCAGGAAACUAUGAGGUGAUUGUGAAUGGCCUGAAAUAUUGCACAUUCAAUCACCGUAUACCAGUGGACAAAGUGACUACACUUGGAAUUGUUGGAGACGUCUUCAUGAACAAGUUCAGCAUUAUUGAACUAGUGAAAACCCUGAAAAUCACCUAUCCUGCAUGCAUUUGAAGAUUUAGAAUUUCCCAAAAGCAUGUUUGCUUCAUUCUUCUCAACUUCAUCAGGAUGACAACAAAUGUCUUUUAAUUAUUCAGUCAUUUUUUUCUCAUGAUUAUUUUGCAUUAGAUUUCUUUUGCAUAAUGUUGCAUAUAUCCUUCGUACAGAUUUUUUGUUCUUUAACAAUACUAAAUGAUACUGAUAAUUUCACUUAAUCUAAACAUAAUUGCCUUUGGAGCAGUGGGUUUUCUAUACAUAUGAUUUUUAGAUGAACACAUUUUUCAAUAACAGAGGCAAUAGAGGUCUGGAAAUUACUGUAGUUGUGGUAACAAAACUAUAAAAGUUCUAUAGUUGACAUUUUCCUUUUCUUUUCUUUCUUUUUAAUCUUAUGGUUUCAGCACAUACCUUUAUACUAACACAAAGUACAAGUUUGAAACUGAGACAAAUAUAAAUACAAUAUUGCACCAUUAGAGAGCACUCAUUACUCAUUUCCUAAAAUAUAAUCAUAUGCAGAAUAUUUAAAGCAUUAUUGAAUCAGUUAUUUACUCCUUUUGCUCACAAGAAUUGUGGUGUGAUUUUUGUUUUGUUAUUGAUAAAUUGGGAAAAUAUGUACUUCUUGAUCAAUUAUUUUAACAAUAUACUGAUUGUAAUCAUUAAAUAAAUAAUAAAAUAAAGUUUGAAACAUUG